AACCUAGCAUGUUUUUGGAAUGUGGGAGGAAACCGGAGUACCCGGAGAAAACCCACGCAUGCACGGGGAGAACAUGCAAACUCCACACAGAGAUGGCCGAGGGUGGAAUUGAACCCUGGUCUCCUAGCUGUGAGGUCCCCUAAAAAUGAUCAAGUUUAUUAAUUUAUAAGUGGCUGACAACUUCCUACAAACUUACUACAAACCAGUUUUGAUUUGAACCAACACUGAUUGGUUGUCUGUUGUCAUGGAGAUGACAGGACACGUGGUCGUGUGUUGUGGGUGGGCGGGGCAGUGUUAAAAGGCGUGAAGUUCGGAUGAUGGUGAGGAGAAUUCCCUCCAUCCUCCACGUGCCGGAUGAAUUGACUCGCAGAGAGAAGAAUGUGGCGGGUUCGUCCUCAGUGACUUUGUCCUCUUUGGCGCGCCGUUCCAGGACCACGAUGGAGAUGCGCGUGCUCGCGUUGUUUUCCCCGCUCUUCUUCUUCUUCUUCGUCAUCAUCCGCGCCUCAGCCAUCGACACAGUGAACGUCGUGGACUUCUGCGGCCAGACCAUCCAAGGCGACGGCAUGAUCAUCAACUCCCACCAGGAAUCUAAAAAGUACUACUUCGUAACCAUGGGAACCGACUGCCACCUCACCAUGCAGGCCAGCUCCCCGAAGGACAAUGUCCAGUUCCACUUCCGCUUCUUCCUUGUCUACAGUUUGCUACGAGUGGCCCCUUUGAGCCCGGCCCCUCUGCUACCAGAGUCCCCAAACCCCAAACCGGACCCAGCCUCCGAGGAAAGCUCAGGGGAUCCCUGUCACGCCGGGUCAUAUGUUCAGUUUUAUGACGGAUCGGACAGGAACUCUCCUCCGCUCGGGCCGCCCCUUUGUGGGAAGAGCCCACCUCGCCCGGUGCUGUCCACGGGGAAUUACCUGACACUUCGGCUCGUCACCCGGGGUACACAGCCCAGAGUGGACUUUGUGGGGGACUUCACGUCUUUUAGACUCGGAUUCAACCAAUCGCUGUGCAGCGGUGAGCCCUACUUCACCUGCAGGAAUGGGAAGUGCAUCCCGCUGAGUCUGGUGUGCGAUGAUAAGGACAUUGACAACUGCGGGGAUGGAAGCGAUCUGGAACAAAACCUGACGACUGGGUGCAAAGCAGGCCAGCUUGUACCUCCAGAGCCUCCACCGCCGAUAGCAACCCCGCCACCUUCUUCUGCAAAGCCCCCCACAGUACCGUUUGCUCCACAUAUGAACUGUGGCAGGGCAGACAGCACGCCCAGUUAUGAGUCGGUGACAGACUCCCCCGUGUCCGUGUCCUUGUUGGUCCUCUACGUCAUCCUGGCCGUGCUGGCCGGGUGUGCGGUGCUGUGCUGGUGCUGCUGGUCCCCCGGGUGGUUUCUGUGGCGCAUCAGUAUUUUACGCUUCUUACCCUGCUGCAACAUGGUCUGCACCUCCUGCCAGCUCUGCACCCACGGCAAGGAGCACCGUUUGGCCAAAGUCACCCCCCAGCCCCCGGCCCCCACCCACAGGCCCCCACCGGCAGCGGCCGGCGCCACUACCAAUGCUGAUGAAACUGUUUCCACCGCUGCUCUUUAGACCGAGGGACAUCUUGACCACCAAAGGCGUCCAGUGGGGUGAGGCUGAGCAGUGAUUGGUCGAACCAUGGACACGGACUCCAAUCAGGUUCUGAUGAGAUGA